UUUAUAUUAAAAAAAAUGAUUCUUGUGAGAAGCUCAUCAACCCCAAUAGAAACUCUUCUCUUCUUAUCUUGCUCAUCAGAGAGCCCAAAUAAUAGAGACUUGGAUUCCAUUCAUAAUAAUUAUAAUAAUAAUAACAAUAAUAAUAUUAAUAUUAAUAAGAAGAACAAACCCAUUAUUAAAAAUGCAAACUUUAUAACCUUCAUCCAUGGCGGUCAUCCCCACAAGUUGAAAUCUUUUUCAUGUAAUUCAUCUCCAAUCCACAAUUCCUCAUCUGGGUUCGGACCCUCCGAUCGGGAAUCGAACGUUUCCGGUCAAAGUUCCUACAUUCGUCGAGCUCAGUCCGAGGGGAAUUUGGAGAGACUAUUGUCGCGACACGAACUCAUUGAUCAGAUUUCGAACGAAAUUCGAAGCUCAGAAAAGGAAACGAAAUUUGGGUUUCAAAAUUUCUGGUCAAUGCUUCGUACGGAACCCUCGUUUUCGAUUUUCAACGAUGAAUUUCAGGAUUUGGAGGAUGUGGGUUCGGAUAAAGAAGCGUUGCAGUUGCAGAGGACUGUGACUAUUGGAGAAACCAUUGAAGAUGGAGAUUUCAGUUUUGGGAAAACUAAAAUGGGUUUGAUUAAGGAGGAAGAAGGGGAAGAAGAACCAGAGGUUUUAGGAGAAGAAGAAGAAGUUAAUACCAGUCCUUUGUUUAUUGCUUCGGGAUUGGGUAUUAAUGGUGAGGGUCUUGGUCUAUCAUCAAUGGUGGAUUUUGAUGAAACAAGUGAUAAAGAAGAUUACUACAAGAGAAUGGUUGAGCAGUGUCCAUUUCACCCUCUUUUUCUUAGGAAUUAUGCUCAGUUUUUGCAGUCUAAAGGGGAUCUUUAUGGAGCAGAAGAUUACUAUUCUCGGGCUUCGGUUGCAGAUCCCGAAGAUGGUGAAAUAUGGAUGCAGUAUGCUAAACUGGUUUGGGAUGUUUAUCAUGACCAAGAAAGAGCCUCUAAUUACUUUAAACUUGCAACAAAAGCUGCUCCUCAAGAUAGUAAUGUUCUUGCAGCAUAUGCUAGUUUUCUAUGGGGAAUAGAGGAUGACGGGGAAGAAGAUGGAGCGUUCGAUAAUCAAAUUCAGGUUGAACAGAAGGAAGAUUCCACCCCGCGCUUGAACACUGCAGUUGACCCUUGUCACACUGGAAAUCCAGAUGUUUAUUAUAGGAAGAUGAUCGAAGAGAAUCCCGAUAAUGCUUUGUUCCUAAGAAAUUAUGCAAUGUUUUUGUAUGAGACUCAAGGAAAUCUUCAAGCCGCUGAGGAGUACUACUCGCGAGCCAUACUAGCUGACCCCAGUGACGGGGAAAUUAUGGCACAAUAUGCUAGGCUGGUGUGGGAACUUCAUCAUGAUGGUCGAAAGACCGAAUCUUACUUUGAGCGAGCAGUUCAAGCUUGUCCCGACAAUAGCUCUAUUCUUGCAGCUUACGCGAGUUUCCUUUGGGAAAACGAAGAUGAAGAAGAAGAAGAAGAAGAAGAAAAACAAGCUUCGGCGCCUAUUUUUCAUGGAAUGGCGAUGACUGCUGCAAGUGUCUGAACUAUAUAUCAUCAACAAAACUAAUCCACACUCCAUAGAAUAAGUAGGCAAAAAAAAAGGACUAAUGGGGCAUGCUUUUGCAUGAGGCUAAAAGCUAAAUUGAUACUAUAUUGUAGAAACAGGAUUUGGAAUGUUCUUACACAAGAGAAGUAGAAUUUGUGUUAGGGUUUUGGGGCAUGGUUAUCGAUCUAGUUUCGAACUUCGACUGAUAAGCAAGCCACUGUCAACAUCUAAUGUUCUACAUUCAAAGUUCAACAUCUAAUCCAUGCAUAUUUAAUAAUUUAUUUA